GGGGGUGGGGGACUGUGACGGUUCCCCGCGGCGGUGGCGGACAUUUUGUCCGGAGGGGCUGCGGCGGUCGGCCGACGGGGAAACGCCGCAGCUGCCGGCGAACCCCGGGGCCACGGCUGAGGAGAGCGCCGGGCUCCCGCCCUUUCCCUCAGCAGGGCGAUACUUCCGGGAAAGGGAAGGGCCCCGGGGGGUCAAAUCAUUCUGCUGACUUCUCCCAGACUGGCUGUUAGGUUUAAAACACAACGUGCACACGUGCUCUGAACCAUGGAUAGCCUCUGUGCAGCAAAUACCACUUUUGCACUCGACCUCCUAAGAAAGCUGUGUGAGAACAAAAGCGGGCGGAAUCUAUUCUUUUCUCCUUUUAGUAUUUCUUCUGCUUUGUCCAUGAUUUUGCUGGGUUCAAAAGGUAACACCGAAGCCCAAAUAGCAAAGGUGCUUUCUCUGAACAAAGCCAAGGAUGCUCACAAUGGGUAUCAAUCGCUUCUCACUGAAAUUAACGAUCCAAACACCAAAUAUAUACUGAAAACUGCUAACCGACUUUAUGGAGAAAAGACAUUUGAGUUUCUCUCGUCAUUUAUAGAGUUGAGUCAGAAAUUCUACCAUGCUGGACUAGAACAGACUGACUUCAUACAAGCUUGGGAGGAUUCCAGAAAACAAAUAAAUGGCUGGGUAGAGGAAAGAACUGAAGGUAAAAUUCAGAACCUGUUGGCAGAGGGGAUUCUCAAUUCACUGACCAGACUUGUGUUGGUGAAUGCCAUCUAUUUCAAAGGCAGCUGGGAAAAGCAGUUCAACAAAGAGAGAACAGCAGAAAUGCCAUUUCAGAUUAACGAGAAAGAGACCAAACCUGUGCAGAUGAUGUUCAAGAAGGAUAGAUUUAACAUGACCUAUAUUGGGGACUUCCAGACCAAAAUCCUUGAGCUCCCUUACGUUGGUAACGAACUCAGCAUGAUCAUCCUGCUCCCCGAUGCAAUCCAGGAUGGAUCCACUGGCUUGGAAUGCCUGGAAAGAGAACUUACGUAUGAGAAGCUGAUAGAUUGGAUCAAUCCUGAAAUGAUGGACUGUACAGAGGUGAGGGUGUCUUUACCCAGAUUUAAACUGGAAGAAGAUUAUGAUCUGAAACCCCUUCUGAGCAGCAUGGGAAUGCCCGAUGCGUUUGAUUUAGGGAAGGCAGACUUCUCGGGGAUCUCAGCUGGCAAUGAGCUGGUGCUCUCUGAAGUGGUUCACAAGUCCUUUGUGGAAGUCAAUGAAGAAGGCACUGAAGCGGCAGCUGCGACGGCAGGAGUGGCGAUGAUGCGCUGUGCAAUGAUCGUUCCAGAAUUCACUGCUGAUCAUCCCUUCCUCUUCUUCAUCCGGCACAACAAAACUUCCAGCAUUUUGUUCUGUGGCAGAUUUUGCUCCCCCUAAAAAGGAGAUGCCUUGCCAGAAGAGCUGCCAUUACACACUAACUUUGUUUCUUUAGAAUAGGGCUACUCUUUUUGCACCAACUGUCUUUCAACUGUGCCUGAAUCCACUUCUGUGGUCUUCAUCUCAGGCUUGGAUAGAAUAACAGAGCUGCUUAGACAUACACAGCAACUGCCAUUUAAAACAGUUCUUGCCCUGUGCACCUGAGUGCAGAGGUCUGCAACUUCUUGCUGACACAAGAAACGUCCCACUUGCUCAGUGAACACUUUGUCUGUUCUUGCAGUUCCCAUUGCAACUUCACUUUUUGUGGCUGUCAGGCAGUGAGUCAGGCAGUGACAUCCAAGGAAGGGAAGAAGUUAAUUUUGUUUCUGACUAGGCUGGAGCACAUCUUUAGCUUCCCUCCACCUUUUCCCUCCCAUCCCCAGUUUUUCUUUUUUCUUUUUUUUUUUUUUUAACCCUCCCUCUAGCCUCAUCCAUUUAAUGUUUUGAUACAUUCCCCAGAGAUGAAAGGAGUCUUUUGCAGUCUGUUCCAAGUGUUGCUAAGCAUCCUGACUAGACAGAUUCUCUCUUUUUUUUUUUUAUAACAACUGGACAAGCACUUAGGCAAGAAUGGAAAUAAAAGUAUGUCUUUGUACCAGAUGCCCUUAUAGGGUAUUCAGGGGGUGAGGAUCAUUGUUUUAUCACCACAGGACACCUGGGUUUAUUACCUAUCACCGAGUUCUAGUCCUUUAACAAAGAAUGUAAUGAAAAAGCGUGUGGUGCCUAUGCAAUAUUGAAUGACAAAGCUUUAAUUUUUUGCUAUUGUUAUAUAUUUUUCCUAUUCAUAGUCUCUUAAACAUUUUAUUUUAACUGAAUAAUACCAAAGACAUAGUUGAAAUAGCUUUCCUAAUACAGUUGUUUGGUUUGCUGUUUCUGUUCCUGAAAUAAAAGAACUAAAAUGC